AUGGCUAACACUCCUCAUGGUGGCGUCCUCAAGGACCUUUAUCUUCGCGAUGCUGACAAGCAAGAAUCCCUCGCUGCCGAGGCCGCUACUUUGCCCUCUGUCGUUUUGACUGACCGUCAAUUGUGUGAUCUUGAGCUUCUCUUGAACGGUGGCUUUUCUCCUCUCGAAGGCUUCUUGAACCAAAAGGAUUAUGAAGGUGUUGUCGAGAACAUGCGUCUUGCUAAUGGAUUAUUAUGGUCCAUCCCCAUCACUCUCGACGUCAGUAAGGAGCAAAUUGAGGAAAGCAAGAUUGAGCCUUCCAAGCGCAUUGCCUUGUUAGAUCCUCGUGAUUACGAGCCUUUGGCUAUCUUGACUGUCGAGGAUGUAUACAGACCCGACAAGUCCAAGGAAGCUGCUUUGGUCUAUGGUGCUGAUGACAGUGCUCAUCCCGCUGUUCACUAUCUUCACAACAUUGCCAAAGAAUUCAACGUGGGCGGUUCUUUGCAAGCCGUUCAAUCUCCCUCUCACUACGAUUAUGUUGCCAAUAGAUACACUCCUACCGAACUUCGUGCGCAUUUCAAGAAGCUUCAAUGGACUCGUGUUGUUGCCUUCCAAACUCGUAACCCCAUGCAUCGUGCUCACCGUGAAUUGACCGUGCGUGCUGCUCGUCAACGUAAGGCUCACUUGCUCAUUCACCCCGUCGUUGGCCUUACUAAGCCUGGAGAUAUCGAUCACUACACUCGUGUCCGUGUCUACAAGGCUUUGAUGCCCAAGUACCCUAACGGUAUGGCUGAACUCAGUCUGUUGCCUUUGGCUAUGCGCAUGGGUGGUCCUCGUGAAGCUGUUUGGCACGCAUUGAUCCGUAAGAACCACGGUGUCACUCACUUUAUCGUUGGUCGUGAUCACGCUGGUCCCGGUAAGAACUCUCAAGGUGUCGAUUUCUAUGGACCUUAUGAGGCUCAAGAAUUAGUUGAAAAGUACAAGGGUGAAAUCGGUAUUGAGAUUGUCCCCUUCCAAAUGGUCACCUACUCUCCUGAUACUGAUGAAUAUAUUCCUGCUGACGAGGUUCCUGAGGGUGUCAAGACUUUGAACAUCAGUGGUACUGAGCUCCGUCGUCGCCUCAAGACUGGUUUGCCCAUCCCUGAAUGGUUCUCUUACCCUGAAGUUGUCUCUGUCUUGCGUCAAUCUCAUCCUCCUCGUAACCAACAAGGUUUUACCAUCUUCUUUACUGGUCUCCAUGCCUCUGGUAAGAAUGCUAUUGCUCGUGCUCUCCAGGUGUCUUUGAAUCAAGAAUCCACUCGCUCUGUUUCCCUCUUGGCCAGCGAGAACACUCGUGCUGAGCUUUCCUCUGAACUCGGCUUCUCCAAGCGCGACCGUGAUAUCAACAUUGCCCGUCAAGCUUUCGUUGCUGGUGAAUUGACUCGUGCUGGCGCCGCUGCUAUUGUUGCUCCUAUCGCUCCUUAUGCUGAUGCCCGUAACGCUGCCAAGAAGACCAUUGAGCAAUUUGGUGGUUUCUACCUCGUUCACGUUGCCACUCCUCUCGAGGAAUGUAUCAAGCGUGAUCGUGAUGGCAUCUACGAGCGUGCCAAGCGUGGUGAAAUUAAGGAAUUCACUGGUCUUGAUGCUCCUUACGAAGUCCCCACCAAUGCUGAUUUAACCAUUGAUAUCACUCAACAAUCUGUUUCUCAAGCCGUCCAUGAAAUCAUCUUGUUGCUUGAGAAGGAUGGUUAUAUUGGUUCUGCUUAA